GUGUUUGAGUUGGAGUCGCCUUUUAGCAAAGGCCUAAUAUUACGUUCAAACAGUUGUCUAACGGAUUAUAUCGAUAUCUCGACCAUCACUGCCUUUAAGGUGAAGAGACUAUUGGGAAGAUAUUGCGGCGAUUAUGUGCCUUCGCCUCUAUUAUCAAUGCACCCGCAGAUUGAGUUAAUUUUUACAUCCAAUCAUGCCAUCAAUAAUAGAGGCUUUUAUGGAUAUUAUGAGUUCAUCGAUGAAAGACCGCCAGAAUCGUCGCCUAAGAAUGUGGUCGGUUGUGGCGGUAAUGAGACAGGGAUUGGAGGUAUUCUCGUAUCGCCUAACUAUCCAGGUCCAUUUCCGCGACAAAUAGACUGUGUUUGGCUCAUAAGAGUGCGACAGAAUCAACACAUUUACGUACGAAUGGUUGAGCUCCAGCUCUUUGGUAGUAUCGCCUAUUGCAAAGACGCUCAAUUAGCUAUAUAUGACGGCUUCGAGAGUCUGGAGUUCGAGCCCAAGAAGCCGAAGCAAUACUGCGCCUAUUGCAAAGACGCUCAAUUAGCUAUAUAUGACGGCUUCGAGAGUCUGGAGUUCGAGCCCAAGAAGCCGAAGCAAUACUGCGGUGAUCUCACCUAUUAUAAGAAUGUCGAGGACAAAGUCCUACUAUCAGCCAGCAAUAGAUUAUUAAUCAGAUUCAAGAGUGAUAUCACGUCUUCUCAAUGGAACGAUCAGGUCUCCAGAAAUCCCAUCACAGGAUUCAAACUCAUUUGGACGGCCGUCUCAUUUAAAUCAUCCGGUCAAUGUAAUGAGUUUACGUGCACUGGCAGUCAGUUUUGUCUAAAACCGCAAAAGUUUGGUCGAAAUUGUGAUGAUUACCAGCACUUCUGCAUCGACAACAGUCUUCAGUGCAAUGGUGUUCCCAAUUGUAGUGAACAGGACUUCUCGGAUGAAGAUAAAUGUAAU